UCCACUACACUAGUUUUCCGUCUUCUUUUGAGCUACGACGUGUCUUGUUCUGAAAUUUUAAUAUAUUCACUGUAUUUUAGUAAUUAUGACGUUUGUAUACUCCAUAUUACCCCUUCUUAUCCUGACAGUCGGAGCUGAAGCCAAAGAUGAAAUUAAAGGGGGAAUGUUGUCUUUGCAAGAUUCAGAAUCUCGCGAAGUUAGGUCGCUGGAUGGAGUGUGGGCGUUUCGCGCCGAUGACUCGCCCGGGCGGUCUGCCGGGUUUGACGGUCAAUGGUGGUCUCGGCCGCUGAGAGAGUCUGGACCGGUGAUAGAUAUGCCAGUACCAUCCAGCUACAACGACAUCACCCAAGAUCGCUCACUCAGGGAUUUUGUAGGCUGGGCUUGGUAUGAGAAAGAGUUCUACCCUCCAAGGUCUUGGAGCAAGAACGGUCAGAGGAUGGUGCUACGGUUUGAAAGUGCCCAUUAUGAAACUAUUGUUUGGUUCAACUCCCAAGAAGUGGUUAGGCAUUCGGGUGGGCAUCUUCCAUUUGAAGUAGAGGUAACAUCUCUUCUGCACUUUGGACAGCUCAACCGAAUUACAGUUGCUGUGAAUAAUACCUUGACCCCUAAUACUCUGCCACCAGGGACGAUAACACACUACGAUGACCUCACAAUGUAUCCACCCAAUUAUUUUGAGCAGGAAUACUCGUUUGACUUCUUCAACUAUGCUGGAAUCCAGAGAUCUGUCAAACUCUACACGACUCCCAAAGGUUACGUAGAUGACAUUGAUGUUGUCACAAACUUCACAGGAACGACAGGUCAUGUGAUUUUCAACAUUACGGUUGGUGGCGCCCCAUCAUCGAAAGUGGUAGCUGUUGUAGACCUACUGGACAGGGCAGGUCUUGUAGUAGCUUCGAGUACCAAGAUGAAUGGGCUACUAGUGGUCAGUGAGGCCAAUCUGUGGUGGCCCUACACUAUGCACAAUGACUCCGCCUAUCUCUACACACUCAAGGUUUCAGUUUCCUUCGAGGGCACAACUGAUGUCUAUCGUCUCCCCGUUGGUAUCCGCACAGUGAGAGUCACAAACAAGCAAUUCCUCAUCAACAAUCAACCGUUCUACUUCCAUGGUGUCAACAAACAUGAAGAUGCAGAUAUAAGAGGGAAAGGUGUUGACUACCCCCUCAUCCUCAAGGACAUCAACCUCUUGAAGUGGCUUGGAGCAAACGCCUUCAGGACAAGCCAUUACCCAUACUCUGAAGAGAUCAUGGAUCUCUGUGACAGGCAUGGCAUCGUGGUGAUCGACGAGUGCCCAGCCGUCGGGAUGCGUUCAGCCAAUAAUUUUGUAAAUGCCACCCUGGUGCAUCAUCAGCAGGUCAUGGCAGAGCUGGUGAGGAGAGAUAAGAACCGCCCCUCGGUGGUCAUGUGGUCAGUAGCCAACGAGCCAGCGUCCAGUCUGGCUGUAGCUGGACCUUACUUUGAGAGUGUCAUUUCAUACACAAGAAAGUUGGAUCCACAUCGACCUGUCACAUUUGUUGCAAAUAGCCCCACACCAGAAAGCGAUCGUGCAGCUAAGUUUGUUGAUGUAGUGUGCCUGAAUAGCUACAUCUCCUGGUACCAUCAUCCAGGUCAUCUUGAGCUUGUGACCCUUCAGGUCAACCACUUUCUGUCGAGCUGGCAUGCCUACUACAACAAGCCAGUCAUACAGACUGAAUACGGGGCAGGGACCAUUGCAGGCUUUCACAUGUCGCCAGCGGUCAUGUUCACGGAGGAGUAUCAGGUUGAAAUGAUGGGAAACUAUCACACAUCCUUCGACAAGCUACGGCAGGACUUCCUCGUUGGGGAACUGGUGUGGAACUUUGCAGACUUCAAUACAAAGCAAGGCACGACGAGAGUUGUUGGAAAUAAGAAGGGGGUUUUCACACGCCAGCGCCAACCCAAAAUGGAAGCCCAUGUAUUAAAGGAGAGAUACCUAGAGCUCAUCAAGACAUUGGGAUGCUAAGUUAAUGUAACAAGCCUGUAAUGAAAUUUUCUCUGGAUAGGAGGUCUCUACCAUCCUCUUCUUCAGACGACGUCUUUCUUCUGCCACUCCCAAACAGGCGAGAUGCAUGGGCUCUGACAGAACUACAUAAAGCCCUAACCGCUGCCACCACUUCCAACUUAUACUCCUCCCAUGCAUCCCCCUUUUGCCACUCCGCACCCAGACACCCAGGAUAUGUAAAGCUAUGGUCACAAAUCAGAGCAGCGACCGACCGAUCAGUAGCCUGCUCGGUCGCUGCUGGAAUUAGGCA